AUGUUGGUCGGUAAGGUUUCGCUCGCCAUCCUUUGGUCGGCGACGAUGGCCCUCGCGUCGCCGAGUAGGCGCGGCAACCACAAGGGCGCCACCGGCAAACGAUCCUCGUUCGGUUCAGGGAGGUAUCUCGUCAAGCUAUCGACUCAGACUGACAUGAAAGGCUCGAACGUUCCGGUUGAACAAGUUAGGUCCUCUCCCGGGCAAAGGUGUUCUGCCACGCUCCUUUGAAUGGCAACACUGCCUCGCGUCUCGGAUAUGCCAACACCGCAAGUGCCUCCUAACCAGGGGGUUUCCGCCAAACUAAUCAACUGCCUCUUUGUGAAAAUCAUAGCAUCGCCAAGCUUGCAACGACCAGAUCAAAAAGUUGUCGAGUGACCUCGUCGGCGCAGCAAAGGUCCACAAUACCUUCAACUUUGAUCAGCAUUGCUCUAUGAGUGUCGAAGCUUUGGAAGGCUUCUCCCCGAGACACCUUGCCGAUUAUCCUGGGGUGACGGUGAGUAGAGUUCGAGGAGAUCGGUAUCUUGUAAAAUAUUGUCCUAAUGGAACCACCUUAUUUUUGUUAGGGCGUCGACGUCAUCAAGGUUGUCGGUCACGGCCACGGCAUGAGUUUCCCCGUGCCGCCCCCGGUCUCCAUGCCCCAGCCCAAGGUGGAGAGUCCUCGGUACAACAACCAUCACUAUCUCCCACCGCCGCCAUCCGCCUAUCGCAAUAAUUCAUUCGCACCCCAUGUCGAAAGUGAAGUCCACCUCAUGCACAAUCUCGGCUUGCUCGGUGACAGCAACGUCUCGGUGUGUCUGGUGGAUUCCGGUGGGUCAGAAGCAAAUGGUCGGAGGCACAACAAGCACGAGAAUGCUUACAGUUUGCUUGCUGUGAUUUUCUCAUAGGAGUCGACUAUACCAACUGGCGUCUGGGCGGAGACUUUGGAAAAGGAUGCAAGAUCGCUAUGGGUGUGAGCACACGAUUAAGCCCCGCGACUGUCGGGCGUCAGCUCACUUUUCUGCUGGCAAUGGCAAGCACAGCAUGAUUUUGUGGGAAACGAUGGCAAACAUCCGGGCCCUUCCCCUUACACGAACUGCACAGAUCACGGUACCCACGUCACCGGCAUCGUCGGUGCGAACUUCGAUUACGAUUUCAAGUUCUCUGGUGCGGCGCCCGAAGUCACGUUGGGGCACUAUCGAGCCUUCGCUUGUACGGGACAGUCAUCGGAGGAUACCAUUGCCGCUGCACUUUUACGAGCUUACGCCGAUGGGUGCAAAGUGAUCACGCUGAGUUUGGGCGGCCCGAGUGCAUGGGAGGACGGUCUGAUCGCCGAUGCUGCUUCACAUGUGACGAAUCAAGGAUCCUUGGUCGUCAGCUCGGCGGGUAACUUUGGGACGCAAGGACUCUUUUACGGGGAUGUUCCCGGCGAGUUAACGAAAGUGUUAGGGACUGCAGCGACGGAUCUCCGAGAGUAUCCAGUUGGGUACCUGCUCGAUAUCGCCCACCCGUCCUAUCGACCGAUCCCUUACUUUGCCGUCGACCCCGUCAAUAUCAACGAAACGCUCGAUGUCUGCUACAUCCCUCCGAGCAUCACAGAUGACCCGAAAUGCAACCUAUCCACGAUCGCGCUCCCCAACGGUGACCUCAAAAACUCGUUACUCGUGCUCGAGCUAGGACAAUGCCCACAUUCCCUGGUGGCCAAAUGGGCCGUUGCGAACAAGCUUCGCGUCGCGAUGGUCAGCUUCAAGCCCGAAGAUGCCCAAAGUCCUCUUAAUUACUACAGCAACCAUUUCGCUCGCGGGAUUCACUACUUCCUGAUCGUUCACCCCUCGUGGGUCAAAGCAUUGAUCAGGUAUUGCACGGCCAGUCGCGGUAAGCUACAAGUCAGUUUCGCUGCUGGCAAACGCGCUCCUGUCGAGGCUCUCGCCAACCAUGAGUCGGGUGGGAAUGUGAGCACUGUUCAUUCCCUUGAAACAAUGCUCUCAGACUUAAUCUGAUCUGACUGAGCACACCUUGUCUUGUAGAUGGCGUUCUACUCGUCGUACGGACCCACGACCACACUCGAAGGCUUUGGUAAAACCCUCGCUGCCCCUGGGAGCAACAUUCUGUCCACUUUGACCGUCGCUCAGGGAGGUCAGUGGAACACAACAAACACUUCUACAUGUGUCAGAGAGGUUGAAAGACAUCAUCGUUCUACUUUACGUUGGCAGGUGUCGGCGUCAUGUCAGGUAAGUCAGGCCCUUCUGGCGAUUCAAGAAGAUUCAGACGUCCAGUCGCCGCUGAUGCUGUUGGGGGCCUCACGUAUAGGAACCUCCAUGGCCUGUCCUUUGGCCGCAGGGAUCGCCGCUCUCCUCUUCUCCCAUCGCAAGGCCGACAAUCUCACCCCUCGUCAAGUCAAGUCGCUCAUGGCCACGACUGCGCAACCGGUGCGGAUUAGGCAAGAGCCCAAAGACGCCUUCGCAACGGUCGUGCAACAAGGUGCAGGUCAGUCCUCAUCGCUACCAUUUGGAUAUUUGAUAGCUUCACCACCUCGCAUGCCUGAGGUGACCCAAUCGAUUGUUCGCUCGCAGGAAUCGUCUCGGCGUACCGAGCGUACAUCGCCAAAACCCUGAUCGAGCCUCACAGUAUCGCGCUCGGCGACCUCGAACACUUCAACAAUUCUCACACCAUCACGUUGAAGAACACGAACAAGUUUGCGGUUACCUACACCUUCAGCUCGACAUCCUCUCAAACUGUGACGACUUACGACAAAGUGAGCAGAGGGCGGAAAUUCGCAUGCGCGGGUCCCCAGGACAUGUAAGCUAACCUUUUGAACACAAUCCGAUUGAUCUUGGUCCCAAGAGCGCUUCGAUCGACAUCAACCCUUCUGGUAUCCCUCGACCUGGAAUCGCCGGCGCCGCCACUGUGGCCUUCACCCCACGCAGUCUCACAAUCCCCCCCGGACAAUCCGGGACCUUCACCGCAACCUUCACAUUCCCAAAAUUCUCCAAAAAAGACCUCGUCCGCGUCCCCGUCGUAUCAGGCUGGCUCGUCAUCGAUUCCGCUGAAGAUCCCGUCCCCACGUACAGAAUCGCUUAUGCUGGCGUUGCAACGGGUCUCCAAGUCAUGCCUGUUCUUGAUUCGACGGAUAUCGCGAGUCAGUUGUAUGGGAUCAAGGGCCUGCGGCAUCCUUUUAUCAUGGUGGGAAACAGCUUGGAUCCGGAUGCGUUGCCGUCGACUGCGGCGGAUGUGCUGUCGGACCCGAAUAAAGUAACGACCGUCUCUCGCAAAGAUGGGAUCUUCGCUUUCGUGAGGUUGGCGAGUACGUCUUCCGCGCGCAGCACUGGGGGUGCAAGCCGGGGGCGACUUCGUUGACACCUCUUUGGUGACUGCUACCUCACACAGUGCCCAGUCGAUACCUCCAAGCCGACCUCGUCGACGCCAAUACCACCUUCAUACCCACGAUUCCGUCCAACAACAACCUCCACCUAGCCGAAAACAGCAGCCUCACCGGAGGCUUGCAGAAGAGACCGCACAACCCACCCCUCUUCGCCUUUGUCCCCAUUCUCGGUACGGCUGCUACGGCGAAUGACCUGACGCGUGACCCGACGGAUUUCUCGCAAACCAGUGGGGCCGAUACGAGUUUCUUCAACUUCAAUGGGAUGGUCGCGGUGAAGCAUCCGGACGAUCCGGCGACGACGAGUGUGGACAAGGGGAGGCCGUAUCGAAUUUUGAUUCGGUGAGCUGUUCAGGGAGGGGGGAAGUGAUAUUCGGUGGUUGGGCUAACGUCAUUUCGAUGGGUCACCCCAGCGCCUUGCGACUCGAUUCCGACCCCAAGCUCUCGGCAAGCUACGACUCCUGGCUCAGCCCACCGUUCCAAUUCCUCGACUAG